AUGACAGUGAACCAAAUCAUAGAUGAAAUGAAGAAGUCAUUUAGUGUUGGAAUAAGUCCCUGGAAGGCUGGAAGAGCAAAGGAAAUUGCAACGGACUCUUUAGUGGGUGAUGGAGAACGACAAUAUGGUCGUCUUUAUGAUUAUGUGGGUGAGUUGUUAAGAGUGAAGGCUGGAACCUUCAAGAUUAAGGUGAAUCGACCCCAACCCACUUUGCCUCCAAGGUUUGGGUCAUUCUACAUGUGUUUAGAGGGUUGUAAACAAGGGUUCUUGGGUAGUCGCAGGCCAUUCAUUGGGGUUGAUGGCUGUCAUUUGAAGACAAGUUAUGGAGGUCAGUUGUUAGUGGCAGUGGCAAGAGACCCUAAUGACCAAUAUUUCCCACUAGCUUUUGCUGUGGUUGAAAGUGAAUGCAAGGAGACAUGGAGGUGGUUUUUGUCCCUGUUGCUGGAUGAUAUUGGGGGCAUAGAUUGUCAACGCUGGAUCUUUAUUUCGGAUCAACAAAAGGGAUUAAUGGCUGUAUUUGAUGAGAUUUUGAUGGGGGUGGAGCAUAGGCUGUGUUUAAGGCAUUUGUACAACAACUAUAAGAAGAAAUUCGGUGGAGGUUUGCUCAUUAGAGACCUUAUGAUGGCAGCAGCAAAGGCGACAUACUUUCAGGAAUGGGAAAAAAAAAUGGGUGAGUUGAAGACUAUCAAUUCUGAUGCUUAUAAUUGGUUAAUGGCACUUCCAACUAAAUCAUGGUGCAAACAUGCAUUUAGUGCAUAUCCUAGAUGUGAUGUAUNAAUCAAUAAUUUAUCUGAAUCAUUUAAUAGUACAAUUUUGUUGGCAAGAGACAAACCUAUAAUUACUAUGAUGGAAUGGAUUAGGUCAUAUAUUAUGAGUAGGUUUGCAACUCUAAGAGAAAAAUCAAACACAUAUCAUGGUGAUGUUAUGCCUAAGCCAAGAAAAAGAUUGGAUAGGGAAGUUGAGAAAAGUGGCAAUUGGCUACCAGUUUGGGCAGGGGGUUCAAAAUUUGAAGUCACUCAUGGCUUCACUAUGGACAAAUUUGUUGUUGAUGUAAGUAAUCAUAGUUGUAGUUGCUACUUUUGGGAUUUAGUUGGAAUACCUUGUAGACAUGCCGUUGCUGCCAUACAUUAUAAAUUAGAGAACCCAGAAGAUUAUGUUCAUCCAUAUUACAAGAAAGAAGCAUAUCAAACUUGUUAUGCACCUCAAAUAAUUCCAAUCAAUGGCCAACAACUUUGGCCUAGAUCUGAGACUGAACCACUACUACCACCCAUUUAUAAAACACCUCCUGGGAGGCCAAAGAAGUUAAGAAGAAGAGAAGCUGAUGAAUAUGUCAGCCAUUCAAAGUUAUCCAAGAAAAAUAUUGGUAUGAAGUGUAGCAGUUGUCAUGCAUAUGGACACAAUGUAAGAAGUUGUAAAAAGGGGCAGUCAAGCAAGGACACAGGGGUUGCAAGAGGUUCUGCAUCAACUGUUAGAGGGGCAUCUACAUCAACUGGGAGAGGGGCAUCUGCAUCAACUGGGAGAGGGGCAUCUGCAUCAGCUGGGAGAGGGGCAUCUGCAUCAGCUGGGAGGCCUGGAUCUGCAUCAGCUGGGAGGCCUGGAUCUGCAUUAGCUGGGAGGCUUUGA